AUGUCGCACAACAUUCGGUGCUACGGUACCGGGAUCAUGAUUGAGGACUUCAUGGUCAAGCUCUGGUAUGCGGACCGACAUGGCGUGGUCGUGUCGAGGCCAUUCGACAUGUUUGUCGAGUCUGACAAGCUGCUCUUGGUGGUGGCUGCAAUAGCCGGUGCUGAUAUAGCGAAGAUGGGUGUCUGCCCAUUCUCGCGGUUUCCCUCGAGCAAGCUCGACAGCUACGAAGGCUCAAAGCUCGUGUUCCAGCCGGGACCAAUGACUGAGAGACUGCCAGAGGUUGAGUUCACCAUUGACACAUCUCGGCCUGUCGAGACGAACUUUGGGAUCGUCGGGCGAGGGACAACCAUCAUUCCCCUGAAAGCAACCGCUGAGUUCUGGAGCGAAGACCUUGUUGCCAAGAUGGCUUGGCCCCGGGAGAGUCGAUUGGCGGAAGCCGACUACAUCCGUGUGGUCAGGUCUCGCCUGGCGAGGAAGCCACAAUAUCUGCAUCACAUCGUCGACAUGAAGUGCUGGAUAUCGCGGACAAUGGAGGAGAUGAAGCUGCCGCGCGCCUCGAUGGCGCUGCACAACUUUGAGUACGAGCGGCGGGAGUUCCGGAUGAUUGUGAUGAAGAAGUACGAGAGGCUAGAGCAAGUGGAAAGUGUGGAUGAAUUCAAGCGCGUUUUCUGCGACGUGGUGCGCGCCCAUUACGGGGUGUGGGAGACGUCGAGCAUCCUGCAUCGCGAUACCAGCUCGUACAACGUCAUGUUCUAUCGGGAUGAUGGACGUGUCGUAGGAGUGCUGUGUGAUUGGGACAUGGCGGCAUGCAUAAGUCCCGAAGACGAGGCUGUCAAUGACGAUGUUGACGAUGACGUACCGGACAGUGCCGCCAUGAAGACUCAGGGGACAGCGACUAUGGAUGGGAAGCCUCGAGCCAAGGCGGAAUAUACCACUGAAGCAGGCGUAGUGAACCUCCGAACUGAAGGACGCUGCAAGGCAAGACAGCGCACGGGUACAGGGCCGUUCAUGGCUCUCGAUCUUCUGCGCGCUGGCCCGGUACCCUUCCCCCGUUACCGUUAUGAUCUAGAAUCAUUCUUCUUCCUACUGGCUUGGUUCUGUGUUGUCCACGAUCCCGUGAGACAUAAAUUCGGACACCUACCGGAGUGGGAGAACUCAGACAUGUUCACCAUCGGGCUCUACAAGCGCGAAUUCCUGUACCACAAUGGGCUCUUCGAUCAGAUCUCCCGCGUCGGUCCUACGUACCUGCCGCUUUGGGAAUCCUGGGUAGAGCCACUUCGUUUCUUACUUGGUUUGUAUAUACUUGAUCAAGACGGCAUAAACUUCCUCAAGCGGCGUCUUCGGGCGCAGCGAAAAAAGCACAGCGCGGCAAUGACGACGGCGACUUUGGAGGAGAUUGUGGUGGCGAAGAAGCGCAUGCACGAUCCACCGACGUACGAGAAAUUUAUGGAAGUACUCGGCGAGCCGCUGGAUAUUACAUCUUCGUGA